AUGUCUUUGCCCAACAUUGUGGAAGGUAGCAAUCGAUCUCAAUUUGCCAACUCGUUUCCUGCAGACAAUGGAAACAGCGCGAGCGACUUCUCGCUGCCUCUGCAAUCAUCGAAUCCGAAGCAGAAAUCUGUCGCAUCUAGCAGUGAGCCAAAUCCUGCUGCCGACCUGACCUCCGUGUUUGAGCCUGUCACACUCGGUAAUUUCCAACUUGAUGAGCAUCACUCGGAUCAUGACCCUGUGUUCGACAGCACUUCUUCUGGGCCCUUGCAAGCUUGGGAAAGUCAUAGUCCCCUCCUCGAUUUCAAUGGCGUUGGAAACUCAAUCCCAUCGAGCACUUCAAUUCCUGAGUCGGCACUGGAGCAACUUGGCAGGCUAUGUGCGGAGACACAGUAUUCCAUGGGCGAGAAUCCGACCCCGUCUUUUCCUCCGCAAGAGGUCCAGGUUGAAGGCCCUUCUCUGGCUGACAGCGACAAUCCAUUAUUAUCGCAACAAGUAGCGGUGCCUGAUUCUAGCUCCAAUUCUCUCAGACCAUGGGAUUCGGUUGCUCUCUCACCGAGCUUGGACUUUUUCUCAAUAUCAGGCUUUCCUCCUUGGAUUACUUCGGCAGUGCCAUCUAGAGCGCCUUCCCCAUCAUGUGGCUCUCGUCGAUCUUCUGAUUUAGCUACAAGGAGCAUAACCAUGAGCGAUCAAUCUCUGGCACACAUUUUCAUACCUUCGUCGCCAUCAGAGUUGCAAGUUGUUGAUCAGAUGAGGAAUAUUCUAAUGCAGAGCCUGACUCAGCUAAGAACGUCCGACCCUUCUCAAUCAUCCUUUAUACAAAGCUGUCAAAUCCCUGACACUGAAACCCUGGAUCGAUAUCAAAAGAUGUUCUUCGCCAUGCCCAACAAGAAUCUCCCCUUUACACACGAAAGUCUUCCGAUUCUGGAGAAUGCACCCGCUUUCAACCUGGCCAUCCUUGCAGACGGGGCCAUGUACUGUGGAGACUACUCCCCUGGAAUCUUGCUUUUCGAGGCUUCCAGACGAUUGGCAGAGAACCAUCUGGAGAAGAUAGGCUCGACCAAUGUUCCUCUCUGGCUUCUGAACACUUUGCUUGCAAACAGCGUUUUUGGCCUCCCAGGUGGUGACGAAGCUUCUCCAGAGGUGACUAUUGGAAGUCUUCAAAGUCUGAUAUAUCUUGCCAGUCGGGUAUCAGAGCCAACCUUGCCGAUGUCUCCGUUGUUGAGUCAGGAGGAUUAUCAGUGGAGGGACUUUAUUUGCAAAGAAUCCAAGAAAAGGUCACUACUAUGUGUUCUCGUCAUGACCGGCCUCUGGUCUACCGCGUACGGGCCUAUCCAGAAUUCGGCCGCCCCUUUCUUUGAUCAGAUCGAACUGCCAUGUGCAGAAAUCCUCUGGACUUCCACCUCGGCCGAGCAAUGGAAAGGGCUUUCACGCACGGCGCGGCCUCCGGAAAAAUUGCGGGAGGUCGUCCUUCGGCUCCUUAAUGGCUCAAAUUAUGCUUGCAGCGGCCUCGCGUCGCUCUCGAUCGUCGUCAGUCUACUGGUCUACAUGGACGAACUACGGAUCGGAGCAUCGGGAGAUCUUUCAGGCUUCCGAGCGCACCUUGUCACGGCGAUCAAUCGAUGGGAUGAGAGCCACAGCCAGGACCGUCGAGAGAAUAAUUCUAUCAAUUUCAUCGCCUUCCCAGCCGCGGCAUACCUCAGAGUCUUCCUCGAGGUCAACAUCCGAAGCGCGAUGGCGGCUUUCUUGAAGCAUGACUUUUGUGCAAUGCGGGACUUUCUCCGAGACGGUGAUCUCAAGAAGGCAGGAGUCGAGGCGCUCUCGGGUUUGGUUCCCUGGGCGUCCUGCCACAAAAAUCAAAUUUCCAUGGUGGCUAUUCCGCUCGCACUCGUGGUCUCGGAAUCUGUCCUUGAGAUUGCAAAUCAGCCAUUCCCCUUAACUCAUGGAGAGUCAUCUCUGCUGAAACAUUAUGGCGAUGCUUUAGCUCUUGAAGAUCAGAGCGUCAACCCGGUCAGUAUUUGGCAAGCUUUGCGGAACAUCAUUAGCAACGGACCUGCUUCCUCGCCAUCAGUGACUUUGGUACUGUUGACCGCCCUGGAAGCCUACGAGGCUGAGCUAGAACACUUACAAGCUCCUCCAUCGCCCGAUCCGUUGCCUGAGGAUGGACAUUAA